CUGUACUCUCCUACUAAUCCGUGCGAUGACAAUAGUACACUGAUAGACUAGGUACGACAUCGUGGGUGCGACAACACGGCCUCUUCUCACGCCCAACAUGGGACUAAAUUAUCUAUGGACAUUGACCACAAUUGGAAGUGUUGUCGAUGCCCUACACUUCCCACGACAAGCAUUCUCAAAUAGCAGCUUGACAACCACGACAAAUGCUGCACAGACAAGCACAGAUACUUCAUCGACACUGUCCAGCUCGAGUACUUUGAUCACAAGUGGUCCAACUUUGACUGUGGCCCCGACCCUCUCUGCCAACUCAACUACAAUUGGGAACACGACUUCAGACGCGGCCGCAACAUGCUGCUAUGUCUACCCCGACGCUGUUGGCGUCAACAGUUGGUACUCCUCAGCGAUGGAGUUUCCAGUGGCUACAGUGAUCACGACCUGGGUGCAGUACGGUAAUGGCUCAGCAGUGCCUCAGAACUCGACCACCAAGUUUGUCGCAAACGCAACGGCCCCGACUGGAUGGUAUAGCUGGAUCACCGGCGACGCUUCUACCGCUGUGGGCGUCACUACGGAAACUCUUGCAACGACUACACAAACUUUCACACUCCCUACUUCGACCAAGUUCCUGCCCGAAACCAGGUCUGAACGCUUCAGUGGAGUGCCAAACAAUCUUUUGCCAGCAAAUGCCUUGAUGUACGCCUCCAGCCAGGUCCUCGCAGCAACAACGAUGGCCUAUGAACUUCAACAUUUAACGUUCACGUCUCCGACGCCUUAUUUAUGGUUCAGCCAUAUGUGGAUCCAAACGAGCCAGCCAUGUGAUGGUACUAGAACGCUCGGUAACAGAGAUCCCAUCAUGCAGACAAGCACGAUCGCCAUGCCGCUACCGUCACAAAUUGCGAACGCUGAUUUCACCUUCGAGCAAUACAUGGAACUGGCGAACAUGACCGAUGAGGGCGACUCCAGCAGCACUUACGAGUUCUCGCUUCCAGACGACCUGCCGGAGUUCCUUGCUGGCAUACCUGAAAUCAUCGCGACUUGGCCAUUUGUUGGCACUUGCAAACCUGGGCCUGGUGCCGGAGAACCCACGGUGCACAUCCCAGUCUCACAGCUUACAGCACGAAGCGAUGUAACUAUGACCCUGCCUGGUACCUUGACGAGUCCCAACUCACCAACAACAACUGCAAACGGAGAUCCAAGCCCGAGUCCAACACUUGGUGGACCAGGUUCAGAUGUGCCGGAAACGAAUCUGCCCACUCCGACGGACUCAACACCUGACGAUGAACCACCGACAGGUACGGCACUCCCCAUAGAGGAGGGGGAUGACUCUUCCGACGACCCACCACCAGAAACGCCUGAUGAGGGCGAUGACAAUGACCCUGCCACUCCUGAGCCAGCGCCUGAGACGCCUGAUGACGAUGGCGAAGACACUCCUGCUGUUCCCGAGCCCGCACCAGAAACGCCGGACGAGGAUGAUGAGAGCACUCCUGAUGCUCCCGCGCCGGCGCCAGAAGCACCCGACGAGGACGACGAAGGCACACCUGGUACUCCAGAGCCAACACCGGAGGACGACUCAUCGGACACCUCUCCAGCGCCUGCACCUGACGCGGAUGAUGAAUCCGAAGAUGGCGUUGCGCAGCCACCACCGGAGAACAAUGACUCUCCAGGCACCGAACCCGCGGAGAACCCUGGAGAGAACAAUGACAAUGAGUCCGAAUCACCAAGUGCCGGGGAUGCUAUAGCCAGCGGUAUUGGCUUAGUGCCGACGCCAACCGGAAGUGCAGCUCAGCCCGAUGGUGCAGGUAACGAUUCUGGUGAUAACUCCUCUGGAGAGCAGCCCUCACAGCUCGAACCUGGUGAUGAAGUGAUUGUCGGCGGCGGGUCGGUCACCGCGAACCCGGAUGGAUCUUUUGAGAUCGGCACCGAGACUUUGCAACCCGGAGGCCCUGCAGUGACUGUUGGUGGCAAUACACUGUCACUUGCACCAAGCGGGACCGCGGUCGUGAUCAACGACGCGACGACCCCAAUCGCAGCUCCCGCAGCUGAAGUCAGCCUUGGGAGUGGAAUUCUGACAGCUGACCCAUCUGGUAACAUUGAGAUUGGCGGACAAACGCUGCAACCAGGCGGAGAGGCUGUGGUUGUCGGCGGCACGACGUUGUCUUUGGCCCCAAGUGGCACGGCUCUGGUCAUCGAUGGGAGCACAACUCCUGUCGCAGGAGCCUCGCCUCCGCAAAUCACACUCCCAGCGGCAACACUGACCGCUCAAGGAGAUGGAGCGUUGGUCAUCGACGGACAGACGCUUUCAGAUGGAUCCGAGGUCGUGGCCGGCGGCAGCACGUACUCACUGGCUAGCGACGGAGGCGCCAUAGUGGUCAAUGGACAUACCACACCUAUCGAGGCUACUGCUGCAGGCAUAACCGCAGCACCAGUCGUCACAGCUGGAGCCGCUGGCGCAAUCACUGCAGGAAGCGACACCAUUUCCUUCAUUGGCUUUGAAUCAGAACUUGUCAUUGGAGGCAGCCGUACUCUUGAUAGUGCAAGGGGCAAAACUGUUGUUGUGAACGGCCAGACUUUGAGCUUGUUGAAUCCAACUCAGAUCGUGGUCAUCUCGGGAACGAGUACAAGGACACUGGACCUAGCACCGUCGACAACUGUAGUUGUUACUAGGACUAUUUCCAGGGAAGCCAGUGGUGGAUCAAGUCAGACUGCCAGCACCGCAUUGCAAGCUACUGGAGCAGCGGCCGGAAGGCACAGCGGCGAGGGAAAGCUGUGGAUGUGGGCUACUUGUCUAUUCAUGACGCUGUUCGUCAUGGGGUGUUUAGGCAUAGAUACUUAAUAUGAAAAGCGAACUCAGAUAUACAAAUUUGGGCCC